AUGCUGGGCCGUGCCGUGUCCAGCGACAUGGCAGGGAUCUCCCGCGAGAGCUUGGCUCCAUUGCUUCAAAAUUUGUGGGUCUUCAUGCUGGAAGACAUGCUACAAGCUGCCCAUGUGGCCUCUGUGAAGCAGCGGAGGCUGGUCAGUGGCGCUACCAUCAUAGAUGCUACAGGCAUUUCACUCUCCAUUGUGAGAUACAUCUCGGAAUACACUCCUUGGCUGGAGAUCAUGAACAAUGACUACCCUGACCUAGUGAGGUCAGUCAUUGUGAUCAAUGCGCCAUCAUUCUUUGUGAAGAUUUGGAGCAUUGUGUCGCUGCUCAUUGCUCCUACCACAAGAGAGAAAGUCCAAAUCGUUGGGAAAGAUUUCCAUCACGUGCUUCAAAAGCAUGGAGUCAACCUGGACGUUUUACCGGUCUUUUUGGGAGGCAGCUUCGAGGCCCUGCAAACGUGA